CGCUGUUGAAGCGCCCCACAACAAUCCCCACCACGAAAAUAAUUAUAAAAGUGAUUUUUGCUCUAUCUAAAUGUAAACAAAUCAAUUGUGUGUUUAAAAAGUUCGAUCGUUAAUACGAGAAAUCAGUGUGGAAAGUGACUUAGUUCACUGUUGUAGAAUAUUAGUUGUAGUUUAAGUGACAGGUUUACUCAGUAGUUUAUUUAAAAUGGGAAGUGCACAGUCAGCUUUAAAUUUUGGUGCCGGGCCCGCCAAGUUACCUAGAGAGGUGCUAGAAGAGGUCCAAAAAGAAUUCCUUUCCUACCAAGAUUCAGGAAUGAGCUUGAUUGAAAUGAGCCACAGAGGCAAGGAAUAUACCAAAAUCAAUAAAGAUUCACAAGCGGUUAUCAGGGAGCUUCUUAAUGUUCCGGACAACUACAAGAUUCUGCUUAUGCAAGGCGGUGGAUGUGGAGCUUUUGCCGCAGUUGCCAUGAAUCUCUUGAAUAGAACCGGAACCGCUGAUUACGCCGUGACUGGUACAUGGUCCGACAAAGCAGCUAAAGAGGCAUCCAAAUAUGGAAACGUCAAUCUAGUAUUCCCAAAAGCCAGCAAACCAGGCAGUGUUCCUCCUCAAAACACGUGGAAGAUGAAUCCAAAUGCUUCCUACGUAUACUACUGUGAUAAUGAAACUGUCGAUGGUGUUGCAUUCCAUUACAUUCCCGAAACCAAUGGUGUUCCACUAGUCACUGACAUGUCAUCCAGCAUAAUGACCAAGAAACUAGACAUCUCAAAAUUCGGCUGCAUCAUUGCUGGUGCCCAAAAGAAUAUUGGACCUGCGGGAGUAGUAGUGGUUAUUGUCCGUGAAGAUCUUCUAGGAAAUCCCAUGAAAUGCUGUCCAUCUGUAAUGGACUUCACUCACAUAGCCAAAGAAAACUCUGUACAUAACACUCCAGCAACAUUCUCUGUCUACGUCAUGGAAAAGGUACUUCAGUGGAUUAAAAAGAACGGAGGUCUCGAAGCCAUGGAAAACCAAGCCAUAGAAAAGAGCAGUUUAUUGUACAACGCCAUGGUUGAAUCUAAAGGUUUCUACACUUGCCCAAUUGAUGAAGACGUCAGAAGUAGAAUGAACGUACCAUUCAGAGUGGGUGGAGGCAACGAAAAACUCGAAGAACUUUUCUUAGUAGAAGCAGAGAAAGUUAAGAUGUAUCAACUAAAAGGGCACAGAUCUGUAGGAGGAAUCAGAGCUAGUUUAUAUAAUGCAGUUACUUUAGAUGAUGUUAAAUUGUUAGUUAAAUUUAUGAAAGAAUUCCAAGCGCAACAUGGAUCAAAGUGAUGUUAUUAAUUUGUGUAAAAUAAAUAUAAUUCGGAAUUGUA